AUGCUGAUAGACCGAGAUAAAGAUACCAGCGAGUAUUGGCGUGAGACCGAGAUCUUGUCCUUGGUCCGUAACGAUGAAGCCGGCAUAGACUAUGAGAAAUGUGAACAGAACUCCCCAGAAAUCACAUUAUUGCAUUUGCCUAGCAGAAGAUCUGUAAGACCUGUUUGUAGGACGCCUUAUGAAAUGGACCAGUCGUGCGUAGAAGAUGAGUAUAGCUUCGAUACUGAAGAGUUUUUGCCUGUAACUACAAUAGAUUUCAGAGCUGGUUGCAAUCCGUAUUGGGGUCAUCCCAAACAAGAAGUGAAAGCUUUGCGUUGUGAUCAAGUGUUAAGGAGAUACGUCGCAGUUUCCGCUACGAUAUCCCAACGGACGAAGAUUGUCCGGUCUCCUGCCGCGGUUAUGAAUGCCAGGGACUGGUGCAGGAACACCAGUGCGCGCCUGGUGCCUUCCUUCCAGAUAAUAACUACUGCAAUUGCUGCGGAAAAUGUAGCUCUUAUCAACGUAAGCUCUCCAACUUUCAGUUUCCGCUUUAUUGCAAUAUAG